UUGGGACAACACCUUGUCAGGAUGCUGUGUACGCCGGAACCGUCUAGACGCCGCGGACGUCCCGUUUAAAGUUCGGAUUUGCGCAUGAAACGGGAAAACUGGUGAUGACAGAUAUGCAGCUCCCAUUGGUGGCAUGUUUGUCUAUCGUCGCUGUGGCGCCGCGGCCUUCGCCUAAGAAUCUUUUGUGUAUGAAGCUCAAGCGCAAGCCUGAGGAGCCCAGUUCCCUUCAAGCCUCAGUACUCCCAACGCUCGGUGCUCUGUACCAGACCAUCGACAACAUGUCAUCUGACACAAGUGCAGAGCUGAUAUCGGAGCUGUACGAAGCGUGAGUUACUUCACUC